UCGCAUCACCCCACCGUGAUGUUGCUGUCAAAAGACGCUGUUGUAGUCAUCCUACAGUAGGUAGCGUGUCGCAGGCAUCAAUAUGAUGUGACCGUUCAACGCACAGGGCAAGAUGUGGCAACGAUAAGCACUGGAGUUACAUUUAGGGUCCAGGAACUACUUACGAAUCUUUUGGGAUUAUCUAUUCAGAAUUACUUGCCGAUUUUUUUCUCAAGUAUUUGGGGGCUGUCAGCGUCGUCCAGCCAUGGCUGAGCAGGAGUGUCCUGCCAAGAAGAAGCCCCCGGGUCCUGCCGUGGCCGCACUCCACUCCCACUUCAUGGUGGGCUCGGUGUCCGAGGAGAACUCGGAGGACGAGAUCCUGAGCAAGCUGGACGGCCUGGUGCCGGUGGAGGAGAAGGAGCGCUCCCUCUCCCCGUCCUCCGUCAGCUCCGACAGCACUUUUGAGCUGGGCUUCGAAGGCCUGGACGGCACGCCUCACAACCUCAGGCCAAGCAUGUCGGGGCUCCACUUAAUGAAGCAGGGCAGAGACCGGAGACGCAUCGACCUCCAGAGAGACUUCACUGUGGCGUCUCCUGCGGAGUUCGUCACUCGCUUUGGAGGCAAUAAAGUCAUUGAAAAGGUGCUCAUAGCCAAUAACGGCAUUGCUGCUGUGAAGUGCAUGCGCUCCAUUCGGCGCUGGGCCUAUGAGAUGUUUCGCAACGAGCGUGCCAUCCGCUUUGUGGUGAUGGUCACGCCAGAGGACUUGAAGGCCAAUGCCGAGUACAUCAAGAUGGCCGAUCACUAUGUGCCUGUCCCCGGAGGGACAAACAACAAUAACUAUGCCAACGUUGAGCUCAUCCUGGACAUAGCCAAACGGAUACCUGUACAGGCUGUGUGGGCAGGCUGGGGCCACGCAUCAGAGAACCCCAAACUUCCAGAGCUGCUACACAAGAACGGCAUCGCUUUCAUGGGUCCCCCGAGCCAGGCCAUGUGGGCCCUGGGGGAUAAGAUCGCCUCCUCCAUCGUGGCCCAGACUGCUGGCAUUCCCACACUUCCCUGGAGCGGCUUAGGUCUUACCGUAGAGUGGUCUGAAAGUGAUCAGAAGAAGAGGAUCAUAAACGUUCCUCCAGAGCUGUAUGAGCUUGGCUGCAUCCAUGAUGUGGAGGCAGGACUGAAGGCUGCAGAGACGGUGGGCUACCCAGUCAUGAUCAAGGCUUCCGAGGGAGGUGGUGGGAAGGGCAUCCGCAAGGUCAACUGUGCAGACGACUUCCCAAACCUCUUCAGACAAGUUCAGACAGAGGUGCCAGGCUCGCCCAUCUUCGUGAUGCAGCUGGCCAAGCACGCCCGCCACCUGGAGGUGCAGAUCCUGGCCGACCAGUAUGGCAAUGCCAUCUCGCUGUUCGGCCGCGACUGCUCCGUCCAGCGACGCCACCAGAAGAUCAUCGAGGAGGCCCCCGCCACCAUCGCCACCUCCGACAUCUUUGAGGAAAUGGAGAGGUGUGCGGUGAAGCUGGCUAAGAUGGUGGGCUACGUGAGUGCGGGGACAGUAGAGUACCUCUACAGCCAAGACUCCAGCUUUUACUUCCUGGAGCUCAACCCCCGUCUGCAGGUGGAGCACCCCUGCACUGAGAUGGUGGCCGAUGUCAACCUGCCCGCCGCACAGCUACAGAUUGCCAUGGGUAUCCCUCUCCACCGCAUCAAGGACAUCCGUAUGAUGUACGGCGUGCAGCCAUGGGGAGACUCUCCCAUUGAUUUUGAGGGGCUCUUUGCUGCCCCCUCCCCGCGGGGACACGUCAUUGCAGCCCGCAUCACCAGCGAGAACCCAGAUGAGGGUUUCAAGCCCAGCUCGGGCACAGUGCAGGAGCUGAACUUCCGCAGCAACAAGAACGUGUGGGGCUACUUCAGCGUGGCGGCUGCAGGGGGGCUGCACGAGUUUGCAGACUCCCAGUUCGGCCACUGCUUCUCCUGGGGAGAGAACAGAGAGGAGGCCAUCUCUAACAUGGUGGUGGCCCUGAAGGAGCUGUCUAUCAGAGGAGACUUCAGGACCACAGUGGAGUACCUCAUCAAGCUGCUGGAGACCGAGAGCUUCCAGCACAACAGCAUCGACACCGGCUGGCUCGACCGCCUCAUCUCUGAGAAGAUGCAGGCUGAGAGGCCUGACACCAUGCUGGGGAUUGUUAGCGGAGCUCUCCAUGUAGCAGAUGUCAACUUGAGGAACAGUGUCUCCAACUUCCUGCACUCACUGGAAAGGGGUCAGGUGUUGCCGGCCCACACGCUGCUGAACACGGUGGACGUGGAGCUGAUCUACGAGGGCACCAAGUACGUGCUGACGGUGACGCGCCAGUCCCCCAACUCCUACGUGGUCAUCAUGAACAGCUCCUCAGCCGAGGUGGACGUGCACCGCCUCAGUGAUGGGGGCCUGCUGCUGUCCUACGAUGGCUCCAGCUACACCACCUACAUGAAGGAGGAGAUAGACAGGUACCGCAUCACCAUUGGCAAUAAGACGUGCGUGUUUGAGAAGGAGAAUGACCCGUCUCUGCUGCGCUCCCCCUCAGCUGGGAAACUCAUCCAGUACACUGUGGAGGAUGGAGGACACGUCUUCGCCGGACAGUGUUACGCUGAAAUAGAGGUGAUGAAGAUGGUGAUGACUCUGACAGCGGUGGAGUCUGGCUGUAUUCACUAUGUGAAGAGGGCAGGGGCUGUCCUAGAGCCUGGCUGCGUUAUCGCCAAACUACAACUCGACGACCCCAGCAGAGUACAGCAGGCGGAGCUGUACACAGGGCCUCUGCCCAUCAUCCAGGCGGUGGCGUUGAGGGGGGAGAAGCUCCAUCGGGUCUUCCACAGCACAUUGGACCACCUGCUGCACAUCAUGAAUGGAUUCUGCCUCCCUGAGCCCUUCUUUGGGACCAAGUUGAAGGAGUGGGUGGAGCGUCUGAUGAAGACUCUUCGUGACCCGUCCCUCCCCCUGCUGGAGCUCCAGGACAUCAUGACCAGCGUGUCGGGACGCAUCCCCCCCGCCGUGGAGAAGUCCAUCAAGAAGGAGAUGGCCCAGUACGCCUCCAACAUCACCUCCGUACUCUGCCAGUUCCCCAGCCAACAGAUUGCCAACAUCCUGGACAGCCACGCAGCCACUCUGAACAGGAAGUCUGAGAGGGAGGUCUUCUUCAUGAACACCCAGAGCAUCGUGCAGCUGGUCCAGAAGUACCGUAGUGGCAUCCGUGGGCACAUGAAGGCUGUGGUGAUGGACCUACUGCGCCAGUACCUGAAGGUGGAGGUCCAGUUUCAGCACGGGCAUUAUGACAAGUGUGUGUUUCAACUACGGGAGGAAAACAAAGGUGACAUGGCCAAUGUGCUGAACUACAUUUUCUCCCACGCCCAAGUGACCAAGAAAAACUCCCUUGUCACCAUGCUUAUCGACCAGCUGUGUGGGCGGGACCCCACGCUGACGGACGAGCUGAUGGCCAUUCUGACGGAGCUGACCCAGCUCAGCAAGACCACCAAUGCCAAGGUGGCCCUGAGAGCGCGCCAGGUGCUGAUUGCUUCUCAUCUGCCCUCCUAUGAGCUGCGGCACAACCAGGUGGAGUCCAUCUUCCUGUCGGCCAUCGACAUGUACGGCCAUCAGUUCUGCAUAGAGAACCUGCAGAAACUUAUCUUGUCCGAGACAUCCAUCUUCGAUGUGCUCCCCAACUUCUUCUACCACACCAAUGCGGUGGUGAGGAUGGCUGCACUGGAGGUCUAUGUGCGUAGGGCAUACAUUGCCUACGAGCUCAACAGUGUACAGCAUCGGCAGCUGAAGGACAACACCUGCGUGGUAGAGUUCCAAUUCAUGCUGCCCACCUCGCACCCCAACAGAGGGAACAUCCCCACUCUAAACAGGAGGAUGUCUCCACCAGUUCGCCACCAGCAGUCUAUCAAGGUCGAGACUGCUAGCACAGCGGCCCCUAACUCCUCCCCCACUAGCCCUCCUCAAGUUAGUCUGGCUGACUGCCCUGUAAAUGACAACAGGAUGUCCUUCUCCUCCAACCUGAAUCAUUACGGCAUGGUCCACAUGACCAGCGUCAAUGACGUGCUCCUGGACACCUCCUUCACCCCGCCCUGCCAACGCAUGGGGGCCAUGGUCUCCUUCCAGUCAUUCCAGGAGUUCACCAGGAACAUUAAGGACGUGCUCAGCUGUUUCUCGGACUCUCCUCCAUCCAGCCCUACUUUUCCCGAGGGCGGAAAUCCAGUGCUGUACGGAGAGGACGACAACAAGAGCAUACAGGACGAGCCCAUUCACAUCCUCAACGUGGCCAUAAAGACCGACAGCGACAUCGACGACGAUGGAUUGGCGGCCUUGUUUCGAGAGUUCACUCAAACAAAGAAAGGUCUGCUGUUUGAACACGGCAUCCGCAGGCUGACCUUCCUGGUGGCUCAAAAGGAUUUCCGAAAGCAGGUGAACUGUGAAGUGGACCAGAGGUUUCAUAGGGAGUUCCCGAAGUUUUUCACGUUCCGUGCACGAGACAAGUUUGAGGAGGAUCGUAUCUAUCGGCACCUGGAGCCUGCUCUGGCCUUCCAGCUGGAGCUGAACCGCAUGCGUAACUUUGCCCUGACGGCCAUCCCCUGUGCCAACCACAAGAUGCAUCUGUACCUGGGCGCCGCCCGCGUGGAGGCGGGGGCGGAGGUCACCGACUACCGUUUCUUUGUGCGCGCCAUCAUACGGCACUCAGACCUGGUCACCAAGGAGGCCUCGUUUGAGUACCUGCACAACGAGGCAGAGCGCCUGCUGCUGGAGGCCAUGGACGAGCUGGAGGUGGCCUUCAACAACACCACCGUCCGCACCGACUGCAACCACAUCUUCCUCAACUUUGUGCCUACCGUUAUCAUGGACCCCUCCAAGAUCGAGGAGUCUGUGCGCUCCAUGGUUAUGCGCUAUGGUAGCCGGCUGUGGAAGCUGCGCGUGCUGCAGGCCGAGCUGAAAAUCAACAUCCGACUGACGCCCACGGGCAAGCAGAUCCCCAUCCGCCUCUUCCUCACCAACGAGUCUGGCUACUACCUAGACAUCAGCCUCUACAAGGAGGUCACCGACUCCCGCACCGGACAGAUCAUGUUCCAGGCGUACGGGGACAAGCAGGGUCCUCUGCACGGCAUGCUGAUCAACACGCCCUACGUCACCAAGGACCUGCUGCAGUCCAAGCGCUUCCAGGCCCAGAGUCUGGGCACCACCUAUGUCUACGACUUCCCCGAAAUGUUCAGACAGUCGCUGAGGAAGCUGUGGCAGAGCAUGGAGUCCUACGCCCGGCUGCCCAAGUGCCCGCUGCCCUCCGAGCUGCUCACCUUCACCGAGCUGGUGCUGGACCCACAGGGACAGCUGGUGCAGAUGAACAGACUCCCCGGGGGAAACGAGAUUGGCAUGGUGGCGUGGCGCAUGACCCUGCGCACCCCCGAAUACCCGUCGGGCCGCGAGAUCAUCGUCAUCAGCAACGACAUCACGCACAAGAUCGGCUCGUUCGGGCCGCAGGAGGACGUGCUGUUCCAGCAGGCCAGCGAGAUGGCGCGCCAGGCCGGCAUCCCCCGCAUAUACAUCGCUGCCAACAGCGGCGCCCGCAUCGGACUGGCCGAGGAGAUCCGACACAUGUUCCACGUGGCCUGGCAGGACCCGGCCGACCCCUACAAGGGCUUUAAGUACCUGUACCUGACGCCACAGGACUAUAAAAAGGUGUCGGCUCUGAACUCGGUGCACUGUGAACAUGUGGAGGACGAAGGGGAGUCGAGGUACAAGAUCACAGACAUCAUUGGGAAGGAGGAAGGGCUUGGAGUGGAGAACUUGCGUGGAUCCGGAAUGAUAGCAGGCGAAUCCUCUCUGGCCUAUGAGGAGAUCAUUACCAUGAACCUGGUGACGUGUCGUGCCAUUGGGAUUGGGGCCUACCUGGUGCGGCUGGGCCAGAGGACCAUCCAGGUGGAGAACUCCCACAUCAUCCUCACGGGCGCAGGAGCCCUCAACAAGGUGCUGGGUCGAGAGGUCUAUACGUCCAAUAACCAGCUGGGUGGCAUACAGAUCAUGCACAACAACGGGGUCACCCACAGCACCGUAUGCGACGACUUUGAGGGGGUCUACACGCUACUGCAUUGGCUGUCCUACAUGCCCAAGUGCACUUCCAGUCCCGUGCCCAUCCUGAAUGCCAAGGACCCCAUAGAUCGCCAUGUGGAGUUUGUGCCCACCAAAGCCCCUUAUGACCCGCGCUGGAUGCUGGCAGGGAGGCCCAAUCAGAACUCCAAGGGUUCCUGGGUGAGUGGCUUCUUUGACCACGGCUCCUUCCUGGAGAUGAUGCAGCCGUGGGCCCAGAGCGUCGUCGUGGGCAGAGCUAGGCUUGGUGGGAUCCCCACUGGAGUGGUUGCCGUGGAAACCCGCUCGGUGGAGCUCUCCAUCCCCGCAGACCCCGCUAAUCUGGACUCGGAGGCCAAGAUCAUCCAGCAGGCGGGCCAGGUGUGGUUCCCGGACUCGGCCUUUAAGACGGCCCAGGCCAUCAAGGACCUGAACCGGGAGGGGCUGCCCCUCAUGGUCUUCGCCAACUGGAGAGGCUUCUCUGGAGGCAUGAAAGACAUGUACGACCAGAUCCUGAAGUUCGGGGCGUACAUCGUGGACGGUCUGCGGGAGUACCGGCAGCCGGUGCUGGUCUACAUCCCCCCGCAGGCGGAGCUGAGGGGCGGCUCCUGGGUGGUGAUCGACCCCACCAUCAACCAGAGGCACAUGGAGAUGUACGCCGACAAGGACAGCCGUGGUGGCGUGCUGGAGCCCGAGGGCACGGUGGAGAUCAAGUUCAGGAGGAAGGACCUGGUGAAGACCAUGAGGAGGGUGGACCCCGUCUACAUGGGCCUGGCCGAGAGACUAGGCACCCCUGAGCUGAACGCGGCAGACCGGAAGGACCUGGAGGGCAAGCUGAAGGAGCGCGAGGAGUUCCUGCUGCCCAUCUACCACCAGGUGGCAGUGCAGUUCGCUGACCUCCACGACACCCCCGGACGCAUGCAGGAGAAGGGAGUCAUCACGGACAUCCUGGAGUGGCGCACGUCGCGUCAUUUCUUUUACUGGCGUCUGCGGCGGCUGCUAUUGGAGGACACGGUGAAGAGGAAGAUCCAGGCGGCCAAUGGGGAGCUGACGGACGGCCAGAUCCAGGCCAUGCUGCGACGCUGGUUUGUGGAGGCAGAGGGGGCCGUCAAGGCCUAUCUGUGGGACAGUAAUGAGGAGGUGGUGGACUGGCUGGAGAAGCAGCUGACGGAGGAGGAAGGAGCACGCUCAGUCAUCGACGAGAACAUCAAGUACAUCCGCCGAGACCACAUCCUCAAGCAGAUACGCAGCCUGGUGCAAGCCAAUCCAGAGGUGGCCAUGGACUCCAUCGUGCACAUGACUCAACACAUCUCCCCAACGCAGCGGGCGGAGGUGGUGCGCAUCCUCUCCACCAUGGACUCCCCCGCCUCCCCCCCACCUUAGAGGCUGGAGCAUCUCCCAGUCGCCUCAGCACACAGGCGCACAUGCUCGCAGUGUGUCAAAGUGGUCCACAUUCUCUCCACUUGGACUUAAGUGCCUCACCAUAGGUGUUGACACACGCACACGCACACACACACACACACACACACACCACCUUCCACCCUUCAUUAUGUGGGUGUUUAGUGACCACACAAAUCCUGGAAGAGCCGAUUUGUCAUCCUACCGGAAACUAUAAUAGCGAUGACGAUGGCACGGUUGGCAAUGAUUCUAGAGAGAGAAAAUAGUGCACGGAUGUACAGUAGAGAAAAAUAACACAAGCCUUCACAGACAACAAAAGAGCUAUUCAUUUCAGAGUUCUGGAAUUCAGAACAUCUUGUAUACACGUAUACACAGUAGUCUUAAAAGAUGUUUUUUUUAUUAUUAUUGUUAACCUUCCAGUGCAUCUUUAAUAAUAAUGAUAGAUAAUUUAGAGCAGAUUAUUGUCAGAAUGUAUUUGGGAAGAAGAAAAAAAAUAGGCCAAAAAAAAUAAAUAAAUAAAUAAACCGCGUUUGACAAUUUCUACUUAGGAAAUAGCAAUUAACGAGAGUGUCACCUAAUUAAAUCAUGAGUUAAUGACUGAGAGACAGCCGUGAUUUAACCCCUGCCGUCUGCACAGAACAAAAAAGAUGGAUCAGAGA